CCACGCCGGAGCAACUGCUAGCACCUCCAGGCUCCACAUUGCCGAAGCAUGAGUAGGGACGAGACCGAGCAUCAUGGACGCGCGACGAGAACAGAUUCUCGAGUGGAUUUGCACCGGGAAGCAUGUCAUUCGGACCGACUACGACAAGCCCGCCAGCGAUCGGACCGCCGACGACGCGACUUGUUCCGCCCACGAUGCCGCUCCCUCAGAGAUGUCAACAAGCUCUUCGUCUGACAUCCCGGACAAGCUGAUCGGCGCCGACCACGACCUCCUGAUCCCAAGCUCUGCCGAUAUUGAUCGCGUGUUCCACGACGGCCGCGCUACGUGGGCGCGUUUCGCAAAGCUCGCCGAGGCCUUUCCUCUGCACGCCUUCCCCGCCGAAUUUGCCAAUCUUUCCAUCAUGCUGAAGGAUGUCCCUGCUCUCCCGGACAAUUUGCCCAAGGGGCGUUUCAUAUUUGGGCGGCCCUUGUGGCAUGUACCAGAUCCCGACCACACCGAUGAUACAGAAAAGCUGGAGUGGGAUUUGCAAUAUGCCUACGGCGUUCGGAAGUUCUUCCGUCUAUCUUACCCAAGGCCGAUCGAGUGCCGCGUCUACUCGCAGCCUGCGAUCCCAGGCCAUGCGCUUUUGGCUGCACAAAGAGGACUUCCGUUUCUGACCAUGUGCUGGUCGUACAUCCUGUCGGUCCGUAUCCUCGAACUGCAGGGCAGUAAGCCAGUGUACUCUCGGUUUUCCCUGCUGCCGGUCUCGGCUAAGACGUUUCGGGCCACAGCCGGAGAGGUCGUCCUCAACCUGGGAGCAUCUGCCUCCCGUAAGUUAGUCAGAUGGCUGUGCGCUGUGCUCUCGCCUAAGCCUGGCUGGCUGGCGGAUGGUGGGGAGUUCCCUCCAUGGGCUGCUUUCUGCGCUGGCGAUAGGCCCCUUGUGGUCGUUACCGCCGACGGCCCGGCAGGCUUCGUCUUGAAGGAACCGCCACCAAGUGCUGCAGAGGCCACCGAGCUGCUCAUCGAAUUCUGUCGCUUGUAUGGCUUGCUUGAACCGGGGCACAAGUACAAGGGUCAAACUUCAAACCUACCGCCCCCUAUAGCCGCGUUCCUGGCUGCACUCGCUCUGCCAUUUUACCGCAACGUCGGCCUCCAGCCGCAGUUUCCGAUUGCUUCGCUAGGAAAGCCCAUCCCGCAGAGCACCAAAUCUGCCGAAUAUACCAUUAGCACCGUCCGACAGUACGUCACCGAUCUUCGCUACUACAUGACGUUGAGCAUGCACCCCAGUUCCAUUGGCUCUAUCAUCUGGAGCAUAUUCUGGCAGCCCGAUGUCGAAGCGAACCUUGUUAGCCCUUGGCUGGCCUCGAUCAGCACUGUGAUCGACCCGAUUCUCGAAUCCCGCGACCUGAAUCUGCUCGCCAAAAUGUUCGCACUCCGCCGACCACGCGUUGCCCCAUGGUGGCUGGGCAUCUUUCUCUUGGGCGACUUCGUCAUUCUCGACCGCAUUUCCCGUUAUCUCAAGACACUUGAGGAACGUUGGGGGUUUGGUUCAAUGGCGCUGCCCGACAUCACCGUGGCUGCUUGGACCGGAUCGCCCCAGUCCUUCCUCGACAGCGAACCGGCACCUGCCGGGCGGGGUCCCAUGGAACAAGUAUCUAGGGCUGACGUGCUACGGCAUCGCUACAACUUUCGUCUUCAGGAAGAUGCAUAUCUAUCAUGGCGCCCCUUUGGCUACGUUGCCAAAGAGCUCCUCGAGCCAGAUCUUUGGCCCUGGAUUGAACGCGGCUACAUUAGGGAGUACUCCCACUGGGUUUGGUAUAUCAAAAGGGGCAAUGUCGUCCUUCGCGACGUCCAGCUGGGUUUUCGCCGCGAUACCGAAAGAUUCGUCCCAGAUGUUCCAGACCGCUUGAAGACGUACUCUGCACGUCGACGGGCCGGGCACGAUAGCGUCAUCAAAUUGGAACCGUCGAAAACGUCCACGCUUCGCAUGAUAGACUCCUGCGUGGAGGAUGUCUGUGGAGACCGGGAUGCUUGCAUCUUGGCCAUGCCGGGAGCAAUGAGCCACCCUUGGCUAAAGGACUGGAGGGGGCUGGAGUGAUUGGGACUGGCAGACCCGCUGAAUCAUUCCAGUGAACAACUAAUGGGUAGUACUUCAAGAUGACCGUAAUGAACGUGAAAAUACCUAGACCUCAAUCUUGCAAC